GCAGUCAGAUCCAGCGCUGGGCGCCGGUUAAGACCCCGCUCCCAGUCGCCGGUGCCAUGGAGGCGCCGGUGGAGGCGGAAGUCGAGAAUGAGGACGGCGACAGCAGCUGCGGGGACUUGUGCUUCAUGGACAAAGGCCUGCGGAGCAUAUCAGAGUUAUCUUUAGAUUCAGCCCUUCAUGCCAUCAAUCUUCAUUGCAAUAACAUCUCGAAGAUCAAAGCCAUCGAUCAUGUUUGGAAUUUACGACAUUUAGAUCUGUCAUCUAAUCAGAUAAAUCAAAUUGAAGGGCUAAAUACACUAACAAAACUAUCCACUUUAAAUUUGUCCUGCAAUUUGAUCACAAGAAUAGAAGGACUUGAAGCACUAACUAAUUUGACUAGACUGAAUUUAUCUUAUAACCACAUAAAUGAUCUUAGUGGCCAAACCUUUGCUGGACAAGCUCCAUUUUGAAGAAGAUUCUGAGCAAGGAAAAGAGAAACAGCAGGGGCUAAAGGAAACAUUCUGGCUGUGUACAGGGUCCCUGUCCCCCACACCUGCCGCUGAAGUCAGGCCAGCCAAGCGGUUGUGCCAGACCCUAGUACCUUCUGCUACUAUCCUAGUUCUACCUUAACAUUCUCUAGAUAAGCUCAUGCAAGAAAUGUUACCAGGGACUAAAUCAAAUGGAUGCUAUUUGUAUUUAUUUUAUGCUCAAACCAGUGAAACUGAAGUGUUAGAUUUGUCUGCUAAUUAAAAAUGAUGUGUUGAUUGAGAACCUAAAGCCACUGCUUUAUUCUUAUUCUCAUAUAAGUGCCUGGGCUUGGGGAAGUCCAUUUGUUUUCUUAAAAGAGAACAGGCACCCCGGAAUCCCUGGGCUAAGGCCUCAAAGAGAUGCCAAACCUGUGUUUCUUCAAAUCAACAAUUAACUUUGCUGAUGCCCUAUUCUUUAGCUAUAGCUGUUUGCAGCAAGGUCUUAUUAAUGCUGCUCCUUUGCCUCUUGAAAUGUAACUAUAUAAAAAUUCUUUUUAAUUAGCUGUUAGAAAAAUUACUGCUCUGACAUCAAAAGACGUUUUUCCCUAUUGCAGGUUUGAUGCCUCUUCAUGGAAUCAAACAUAAACUUAGAUAUAUUGACCUACAUAGUAAUUGUAUAGAUAGUAUCCAUCACCUACUUCAGUGUACAGUAGGAUUGCACUUCCUUACUAAUCUUAUUUUGGAGAAAAAUGGAGAGGAUAAUCCUGUCUGUCAUUUACCAGGGUACAGAGCAAUUAUGCUCCAGACUUUGCCACAGCUUAGAAUCCUAGAUUGCAAGAACAUAUUUGGUGAACCAGUAAAUACAGCAGAAAUAAACUCAUCUCACCUACAGUGCUUUGAAGGUCUUUUGGAUAAUUUAGUUUCUUCUGAUUCUCCCCUAAAUAUAAGUGAAGAUGAGAUCAUUGACAGUAUGCCAGUGGUGACACCACCCAUCGAUGAGAUAGCUCCCUUGGAUCAGUUUGCAAAUACACCAACAGAUACUGGUUUGGCAUCCCUUAUGUCUGUGUGUCCAUCUUCUGAGCAAGAGAAAGUUAAUAAUGAAAAUGAUUUUCAGAAUGAGAUGAAACUUCAGAAAUUAGAUGAUCAAAUUUUACAGCUUCUCAAUGAAACUUCUAAUUCUUUAAUAGAUAAUGUUCCUGAGAAAGAUCUCAGACCAAAACGAGACACAGACGUGACUUCUGAAAGUGACUGUGGAAACAGAAAAGAAUGUAAUAGAAAAAUUCCUCGAAGAUCAAAAAUCCCAUAUUACUCUAAAACUAUUCAAACUAUUAAGCACCACAGUAAAAACAACAGCAGUUUUAUAAGUUAUAAUCGUAAAAUGAAACAACCUUUCUUUAAAGAAUUAUAUGUAAGAUCAUCUUUAGUGAACAAUAACAUAUUAGAAGAAGCAGAAGAGCAGAAGACUGAAAUAAUAAAAGUAAACAGUGGUAACUCGGAAGAUGCCACUUACCGGGCACUUGUUGAUCAGCUAGACCAAGAGAGAGAGAAGAGAUGGAAAGCUGAACAAGCUGAAAAGAAACUUAUGGAUUAUAUUGAUGAGCUGCAUAAACAUGCAAAUGAAAAAAAAGAUAUUCAUAGCCUGGCUCUUCUUACUACAGAUAGGUUAAAGGAAAUUAUUUUUAAAGAGAGAAAUUCCAAACUACAGCUCGAAAUUAUGGUUCACAGACUUCAAAAUGAAAUUAAAAAACUAACUAUUGAAUUAAUUAAAACAAGAGAUCAGCAAGAGGAUCACAUUAGACACUUAAGAACCCUGGAAAAAGCAUUAGAAAAAAUGGAGAGGCAAAAAGGGCAACAACAAGCAGCACAGAUGAGACUUAUCCAAGAGGUAGAACUCAAAGCUGCAGCUGCUGAUAGAGAAAUAAACUUACUUAGAACUUCUCUUCAUCAAGAAAAGGAACAGGUACAACAACUUCAUGAGCUUCUUGCAUUGAAAGAACAAGAAUACAGGAAAGACCUUGAAACACGGGAGUUUUUAAGUGAAGCUGAGUUCCAGGAAGCCUUAUCUAAAGAAAUUGCUAAAGAAGACAGAAAACAUGAGCAAGCUAUAAAAGAAUACCAAGACAAAAUUGAUGCAUUGAAUCAACAGUAUCUGGAUUUAGAAAAUGAAUUCCGUAUUGCUUUAACUGUUGAAGCCAGAAGAUUUAAAGAUGUUAAAGAUGGUUUUGAAAAUAUUGCGACUGAGUUAGCAAAGAGCAAGCAUGCUCUUGUUUGGGCUCAACGAAAAGAAAAUGAGUCUUCCUCUUUAAUUAAAGAUCUAACCUGUAUGGUGAAGGAACAAAAAACAAAACUUGCAGAAGUUUCUAAAAUGAAACAGGAAACAGCAACAAAUUUACAGAAUCAAAUCAACACACUUGAAAUUUUGAUUGAAGAUGACAAGCAGAAGAGUAUUCAAAUAGAACUUCUCAAGCAUGAAAAAAUGCAGCUUAUUUCUGAGCUAGCCGCCAAGGAAUCACUAAUUUAUGGUUUAAGGACAGAAAGAAAAGUAUGGGGACAUGAGUUGGCACAACAGGGAUCUUCUCUAGCCCAAAAUCGUGGGAAACUAGAGGCUCAAAUUGAAAGUUUAUGUAGAGAGAAUGAAUCUCUUCGAAAAGCAAGUGAACGUGAUAAUGACACACUAAGAAUUAAGUGCAAAAUCAUAGACGACCAAACUGAAACCAUUGGAAAAUUAAAAGAAUGUUUACAGGAAAGAGAGGAACAAAUCAAAACAUUACAUGAAAAGAUCACUGAAAUACAAAAGUGUACUCAAGAACAACUUGAUGAAAAAUCUUCACAACUGGAUAACGUAAUUGAGAAACUAGAAAGACACAAUGAAAGAAAAGAAAAACUAAAACAGCAGUUGAAAGUAAAGGAAUUAGAACUUGAAGAAAUUAGAAAAGCUUACAGUACACUUAAUCAGAAGUGGCAUGAUAAAGGAGAACUUCUCUGUCAUCUUGAAAUGCAAGUAAAAGAAGUAAAAGAAAAUUUUGAAAACAAAGAAAGGAAACUUAAAGCAGAAAGAGACAAAAGUAUUGAACUGCAAAAGGAUGCAAUGGAAAAGCUUCAUAGUAUGGAUGAUGCCUUUAAAAAACAAGUUGAUGCAAUUGUUGAAGCUCAUCAAGCUGAGAUAAUACAACUGGCAAGUGAAAAACAGAAAUAUAUUGAUUCUGCGAAUUUAAAGGUUCAUCAGGUUGAAGAAGAAAUGCGUGGACUUCUGGAGGAAACAUGCAAGAACAAAAAAGCAAUGGAAACAAAAAUUAAGCAACUUGCUUUUGCUCUAGAUCAAAUUCAGCAAGAUAUGUGAUGGUUCUGAGAACAAAUUGAAUUGAAAUGGACCAGCAGACCUAUUGUAAAAAUGAUUAAAUAUUGUAAUAGUAGUAACUGCUAUGACUUUGAAAUGUCUCUUUCUACACAUUUCAUUCUGAUUAUAGCUGAUUAUAUUCUAAAAGACUUUUUGAUCAAGUAUUAAUUGUAUAUGUAGGUUUUUUAUAAUAAAUUGUUGACAAUUAUGUGUAUUAGAAAACCUAUCAAAAUAACUAGACUUAAAACACUUCUUGUUUCUGUGCUAUACGUUGUUGGUUAUUACACAUUUGCCUACAAAUAUGUUAAUGAAAAUUAAGGUUAGUAUUUUGACUAUAUAAAGGAAAGUAUUAUAAUUUUGUUGUUAACCUUACUUGUAUUAAUGAGAACUAAUUAUAAUUAUUGGUUGUUCUUUAGUGGAUGUAGUUCCAUUCUUUUAAAAUGCUCGUAGGUAUAGCCAAAAAUUACUUUAAAUAUAUGUAUGAGAUGUGGUAUUUUUAAGAAUGCAUAUGUAUGCAUUUCCACAUCACUCAUAUAAAUAGUGCAUAAGACUUUUUCAUAAAAGAUUACAUUAAGGUUUUAUAAAAUUGUCUGUUCCUCAAGAGGAACACUAACUGUUCACCUUCAUUCUCUCAUUUUCCUUUUUAAUUUCUGUUUAUGAAGAGAACUCUUAUUUUGAAACUAGAAACAAUUUUCUUUCACUUCAUAUCAGUUAAUUUAUUAUUUCAGUUUUGCCAUCUCUUAUGUUCCUGUGUAUGCAGAGCAAAGAUCUAAAUACUAUUCUCACUAUUUCUAAAAAACAACUGUAAUACCACUUUUCAUCUAAUGGCUAGUGAACUGAGUUUUGAAAAUUAAACAAUUAGAAAAAAUAUAUAUCUAAGGAGAUUUAUACUGAAAUGUGGCACAUCAAACAUAUCAGCAUAUGUAAUGGGAGUCUGUGGAGGGAGGGGGAAUGUAAAAAAUAUUGGGGAAAAUACUGAUUAGACACCUCCUAAAUUUGAUGAAAAAGAUUAACCUACAGAUUCAAAAACUUCAAUAAAACUCAGGAAAAAUAGAAAGAGAACCACACCUAGAUACUUAGACACUGUAUGGUCAAACCGUUGGGAAUUUUUUUUUUUUUUUUUUUUUAACGGCUGCAUCUAUGGCAUAUGUAAGUUCUCAGGCAAGGGACUGAAUCCAAGACAUAGCUAUAACCUCUACUGCAGCUGUGGCAACACUGGAUCCUUUAACCCACUGUGCAGGACAGGGACUGAAUGAAUCUUCACCUCCAGAGCAGCCUGAGCUGCUACACUCAGAUGCUUAACCCACUGAGCCAAGUGGGAACUCCACGUAAAUCCUGAAAGCAGUAGAAACAAUGAUUUAUCUCAUAUAGAGGAACAAUAUAAAUAAUAGUGGUUGACUUCACAUCAGAAACAGUGGGCUCCAGAAGGCAGUGAAGGACAUAUUUGAGAUACAGGAAGAAAAAUGUAAAGCAAGAAUUUCACAUACAACAAAAUUAUCCUUCAAAAUAAAUGAAAAAUAAAGGAGACCAGAAGCAAUGUCAAUUCAAACUACUCAAGAAAAAUUAGCUAAGAAUCUUAUAUCAAGCAAAACUUUCAAAUAUGGGCCCAAAAUAAAGUCAUUCCCAAAUAACAUCUGAGAAAAUGCAUUUCUUCCAGACCCGCCUUACAACUAAGGCUGAAGCAAGUCCUUAAGAUUUCAGAUCCUCUCAGAAGGUGACCCUAGAGAAUAAUUCGAAUACAUGUGGGGAAAAAAAUAUACUGGUAAAGGUUAUUAUGUAAUUAUAAAAGAAUUAAAAUGCAUAUUUCUAUUCCUUUCAUCCCUUAUCUGAUUUCAAAAGCAAAUAUAUAAUUCUAUUAUUUGGAGUAAAAUGUAAUGUUUCUCAGUAUCAGCACAAAGAUGGACGGAAACAAAGCUGUACUGAAGCAAGGAAAUAAGAUGGCAACUUGAAAUAGCAACAAGUGAUAAUAAAAGGUAAAUAGGAAAAUAAACUAUA